AUGCCUAUCUAUCAUUUUGAACUGGCUACCAAGCUCACCCAGACCCAAAAGUUGGCUCUGGUUCGUACCAUUACCGACUGGCACGCGACUACGUUCAAGUCGCCUAGGUUCAUCGUAAACGUUCGCUUCGUCGAUGUUUCUCAAGGCUUUUUAGCCGAUUCUUACAUUGGUGGUACUCAAAGACACAUUAAUCGUCUCUUUGUCAGCCUUCGCAGUGGCGCGGGCCGCAGUCAACAAGCCUUGGAAGGCAUGGCCGACAAGCUAGAGAGCUUUUGGAAUGAGACUGUCGGAAGAGACUCCAUUACUAAACAGCUGAGAGGGGUUUUCAUUAUGGGAGAGUUAGAUGUUGCGAAAGAAGCAGGAUUCCACCUCCCACUACCGGGCCAUUUUGAGCAAUGGGUAAAGGAUAACACUGAUGAAUUUCAUCGUUUAGCCGCAGAAGGUGACCCUGACGCGGCACAAGUUGUUGAGGAGAUCAAAGUCCGACCGGAGUUUCAGAAGUAA